AUGAAGUCCCUCCCCAGCAUCCUCGCCCUCUCCACGGCCCUCGCCCCCUCCACCGUCCUCGCCCUCAUCGGCAACUCGUGGGAAUUCGCCUCCGCCCCCUCCACCGGCCUCAAGGACGUCACCUUCCCCUUCAACAUCGCCCACGCCCCCCACGAGAGCGGCUACUACUUCGCCCAGCAGUUCAACUUCCUCGGCGUCCCCGACGUCGGCUACACGGGGCUCCAGCCCCGCCCCGACUCCAACGGCAAGAGCAUCGUGCACGCGGCGUUUUCUUCGUUCCAAGAGGGCACCACGACGGGACAUCCCAACUGCCAUGAUGGCGCGGACGGUGGCUCGGGCGUGAGCUGCGCGGUGGACAUUGAGGGCGAUUAUAGCCACACGUACAACUUGGUAGUGGAGACCUCGGGAGCUAGGACGUGGAAGGGGACGCUGGUGGACACCGUCACGGGGUCGGCCACUGUUGUCGGGGAGUGGACGUUGCCAUCUGGGGCCGGGAAUAUCAAGAACGGGCAGCUUGGCUUUGUCGAGUACUAUCCCUGGAACGGCCAGCCUUCGCACACGUGCGACUCGCUGCCCAAGACGGAGGCCACCUUCUUCUACCCGACGUCCAAGACAAGCGGUGCCAGCGGCGGUAGCAUCCCCAAGCCCUACGAAUACGGCGACUGCAUUGGAAAGGCGGGCUACUCUGCGACGCAGGUGUCUUCGGGCUGGGACAUCAAGGUCGGGUUUUAG